AAAUAAGAAAUAAAAAGUCCAGACACAUUUUGAGGCUUAGGUGUUAAAGGAUUAAGGGAGAAUGCAUAGCUAAAUGGGACAUGUUAAUAAAUUAAACAUUGCUGUGUAAAAAGAAACAGCAUUGCACUAAAAAGAUAAGAAAAUGUUGCAUUAAAAAAGAAUGGUAAUGUUCAGUGUGUGGCUGACCAGUACUGUAUGUCAUCUGCUCUGAUUUAUUUGUUCCAAAUAAACAAUUGAAGAUACAGUAAGACUACAACUCAUACAUGCUGUAGGUGUAAGUGCUCAGGGUUCAGAGGAGACUGGGUGGAGCUAGUUCAAAGUAUUUAGGUGGAGUUACUUGACUAUAAUCCACAUACAGUGCUGUAAAACUCAGUAGGAAAAGAAAGUGAGACUUAACAAUUUAUAUCUACUUCUGGUGUGAGUUUCUGCUUUAUAAAUGGUAUAAUCUAACAUACAUACAUCACAUUGAGAAUGAAUUUUAAGGUUUCAGCAGUUCAAUCAAAAUGCAGCAACUGCUGUUGCCUUUAAAACAAAUGUCUUUCACAUGAAGUAAGGAAUGUUGUUUGGUGACUUAUGGCAGGGGUGGUACUGUCAAACAGACUGAGAUGGUUGUAUCAGUGAACUAGGAGCCACUUUCUUGUCAUACCUCAUUAUGGCAGUUAUGGUUUCAACUGUCUUGUCCAGUCUUGUGUGUAUUUUGAGUGUGAUCCUUCUCCUGCCUGUAAGGGCUGAUCACUGUAGUAGCUAUUUGGACAAAGACGGCGUUUACCGUGAUAUUGAAAAGUGUGAUAGCUACUGCUGUGGAGACUGCAGCAAGAAAUACUGCUGCAGUACAAAGGAAAAGCAUCUUACCCAAGAGCAGCAAGAGGCCUGCCAUGAAAGUGUUUUUUCUCCCAGGUCUGCCAAAGGAAUCAAUACGAUUGGUAUAAUUGUGGUAUCCAUCAUUUCGACCAUUCUUCCCCUCCUCUGUGUCAUUAUCAUCACCUGCUGUCUGUGUCCUUGCUGCUUGAUAUACCAGAAGUGUCGGAAAAGGCGCAACCAGCAGCAGCAAAUUGUGAUCAACACCACCCAUGUAAGCAAUGUACCUGGUCAGCCAGUGUCUCCCCAGCACCCGUCCUACCCGGACUACCAGCCUGUGCCUGUCGUGCACGGAUACGGAGGCCCACCCAUGCCCACAGCACCACCACAUUUAUACAUGGAUUCGACUCACCCACCUUCAUUCCCACUGCAUCCCCUCCAGCCUGCAGGACUAUCUUAUCCACCUCCACCACCAUAUUCAGACGAUCUUGCACAGCCACCCUACAACCCAUCCCAUGUCCCAAACCCCUGAACCUUCAAGCUGACCAGAUAAAACCACCUCAUGAUGAUUGCGCCGCCAUCAUCGCAGGAAACAAAUCUUCAGAAAGUGUUUGGUGAUGUUUUAAAAUAUAACUUUUAAAGUCAAGCUUUGAACUUUUUGUUAAAAAAAAUAUUCAGUUUAAGAGGGAAACAUAUAACUAAAAACAUUUCAAGUCUUUAGAGAGAUAAAAAAAGGUACAGUAUAAACAAUUAUUUCUGUCAUGCCUUACCGUUUAUUUUUUAUAUUAAGUCACUGCAUUUAUUUAAUUAAAAGCCUAAUUUUGACACUUUUGCAUAAAUGCAGACUCAGUUGACCUGCCAUUCCUAUUGAAUAAACUCAAAUUGCCACUA